GCCAGCCAGGAUAAACGAGCUUCACAGCGCAAUACCUGCAUCUCCUACGCCGUCGCCUGCCACCAUGCAUCCCUCUUCCAUCCGUGCCGCACUGGCGAAUGUAUUCCAGAUCCCAGCGCGUUCGAUAGCCCGGCAUGCUCUUCCCGCCGUUUCACCUGCAAGCAAUGUUACAGCCCCCAACCCUGUGAAAGCGUCGUUCUCGACGAGCGCACCUCGCGCCGCAAAGAAAGGAGGCAAAGUGAGGACAGAUCGAAGAAUAACUCUAAUCCGUUAUUUCCUACACCACCCCACGACCCUCACACCCCGACCUCUACGAUUCAGCCGUAACCGAUACCUACGGCACUGGACGAUCCAUCGCGCAUGGCAGCUUUACCGGGCCAAAGUGCGGGAAUUCCGCCAACUGGAGCUGGAGAGGCAGUACAAUGCGAUGAAUGCGGCGAAUGAAGAAUUGCGCGUGGGCGCCGGCGACGGUGGACGAUUGUUCCGGAAAGCGCAGAUGAAGACGGGGAUUUGGAGUAUUCCGGAACGAGGCGGUGGUGUGCCGAUCGAGUAUGCUCGCGGAUUGGUCGAGUGGAUGGGCAGUACGGGCGGUCUGGGUAGUGGUGGGAGUGGGCUGGGUGCGAAGGCGAAGAUCUGGGAUAGCGAUUGGAAAAGGUCGUGAGUUUCGGUUCCUUCAGGCGUUGCGGCGAGACAAGGUCUGUUGUACAAAAGAGCAUGGUCAAGGAUCAAGGGCCAGGUCCUGUGUCCAAAAAGAAAAGGAAUG